AUGGAGAUUCUUCACUCUCCUCUUCGCUUCUUCACCUUCAUCACCUUGCUUUCAACAGCAGCAGAGCUCAGCAGAUCUGCUGACACGGUAACUCUGUCUCAGCCGGUGAGAGAUAAUGAGACUCUUAUUUCAGCGGGAGCAAAGUUCGAGCUCGGAUUCUUCAGCCGUGGAAAUUUGACUAACCGGUAUGUCGGGAUAUGGUUCUACAACAUCCCGGUGAAGACCAUUGUCUGGGUCGCGAAUAGAGACAAUCCAAUCAACGGCUCGUCAGGAGUCCUGCAGAUUGGGACAGGAGGGAAUCUAGUCAUUGUUGACGGAACAGGAAGAGCCGUUUGGUCCACGAACACAGCGAACGUGACUUCCAAUAAUGUGGCUGCACAGCUCCUUGACUCUGGGAAUCUGGUCCUGACAGAUAAAAGCAACAAUGGUUCGGGGAAUUUCCUGUGGCAGAGUUUUGACCAUCCUUUCGAUACGUUACUUGCAGGGAUGAAGCUAGGAUGGGACCUGAGGUUCGGUUUGAAUUGGUACCUCACUUCUUGGAGGGAUUCGGACGAUCCUUCAACAGGAGACAUCACAUACGCAUUCGAACUCCAGGGACUGCCCCAGAAGUUCCUCCGCAGGAAUUCUUCGGUAAUUGAACGAAGUGGGCCAUGGGAUGGUAUCCAGUUCAGCGGAUUGCCCCUGAACCAGAAUGCAAUCAUCAUUCCCAAGUUCGUGACGACCGCUCAAGAAGUGUACUAUACUUAUCAACUCAACAAUGAUUCCACCAUCACGAGGGCCGUGCUCAGCCACUCUGGCACGCUUCAACGCUGUGUCUGGAACAAUGACACGCAGUGGAAAGUCAUAUAUGAGCUGCCAAACGAUUCUUGCGACGAGUAUGCAAAAUGCGGGCCUAACGCUGUGUGCACAAUUGGUGAGGCCCAGAUAUGCAGGUGCCUGACUGGGUACAUCCCAAAAUCGCCCCAGGAAUGGGCGAUGCUCGUUUGGUCCAGCGGGUGUGUUAGGAAGAAGCCCUUGAAUUGUCCUAAAGGAGAAGGGUUCGAGAAGCUGAAGGGUGUGAAGGUUCCUCAUAUGUUGAGUUACUGGGUGAACAUGAACAUGAGCCUCGACGAAUGUAGAGCCAAAUGCCUGAAAAAUUGUACUUGCACCGCAUAUGCUAAUACGGACAUUGUCGGGAAGGGAAGUGGGUGUCUGCUUUGGUAUGGAGAUCUUCUCGACAUCAGAAAGCUCAUCCAAUCAAGCAGCAAUCAGAAUGUUUUCAUCAGGGUCAUGGCGUCCGACCUAGGCAAUCAUAAGUGGAAAUUGCGGUUGGUGCUGGCAGUAGUCGCCGCAUCACUCACUCUAGCAAUUCAUUUGCUACUCUGUGUCUGGAGGAGGAGAACGAAAAAACAUCUAGGGAAAAUAUCGGAGGAGCAAGCUGGGAGGGAAGACAACUUAGAGCUGCCUAUACUAGACUUGGAAGACAUUACUAAGGCGACUCAAAGAUUUUCGUCUCUCAAUAAAAUCGGCGAGGGUGGUUUUGGUCCCGUCUAUAAGGGUCUAAUGUCCGAUGGAGUUCAAAUAGCUGUCAAGAGGCUGUCGCAGAACUCGAGACAGGGUUGCAAUGAGUUCAAGAAUGAAGUCUCGUUGAUUGCAAGACUUCAACACCGAAAUCUUGUCAAGCUAUUGGGAUGCUGUAUUGACGGAGAGGAAAGGAUGUUAGUAUAUGAAUAUAUGCCGAAUGGAAGCCUCGACUCCUUAAUAUUUGGUACUGGAGCAGGUAAUUCUCUUGUAUGGAGGCGGCGGUUCGAUAUCAUUGUGGGAAUUGCAAGGGGACUUCUAUAUUUACAUCGCGACUCGAGAUUGAGAAUAAUUCAUCGGGAUCUAAAAGCUAGUAAUGUAUUGUUGGAUAGUGAGAUGAACCCAAAGAUAUCAGAUUUUGGCAUGGCUAGGGCUUUCGGAGGAGAUCAAUUCCUGGGAAAGACGAAACGUGUAGUCGGGACUUAUGGAUACAUGUCUCCAGAGUAUGCAAUAGACGGAAUUUUCUCUACUAAAUCAGAUGUGUUUAGCUUCGGAGUCCUCAUCCUGGAAAUAAUUAGUAGCAGGAGGAACAGAGAAUUUCAUCAUCAUGAUCACAAUUUUAACCUUCUUGGACAUGCCUGGAAAUUAUGGCUUCAAGGGGAGGCCAACGAACUCAUAGACAAACAAAUGGAGGAUUCAUUUCCAAUCUCGGAAGUUAUCAGGUGCAUCCAGAUAGGCCUCUUGUGCGUUCAGCAAAGUCCAGAACAAAGGCCGACCAUGUCAUCUGUGCUUCUGAUGUUGGACAGUGAGAGCGCCUCAUUGCCGCAGCCCAAGCAACCGGGAUUUUACACAGAGAGGUUUAAAGAUCAAAUAGACAGCGAAAUGAACGAGUUAACUAUGACCACAGUAGAGGGUCGGGCCAACGUGAACAUAGAUGCCACGCGAGGUGGAAAAGGCUGUCUCCUAUGGUUUGGAUAUCUUGUUGAUGUCAGAGAACUCAUCAGAUACGCAAAUCAAGAUCUUUUUAUUCGUGUUUCAGCCACAGACCUGGGUAGUACAUUCGGUGAAUUCCAAGUGGAAAGAAUGGUGGCAGUAGCAAUUUCCGCUGCAUUUGUCAUGCUUUUGGUGGUGCUUUACUUCUGCAUUUUUUGGAAGAGGAAAAAAAGUGCUCAAGAUCCAUUGACACAUGGAAAGUUCAUCGACUUAGGCCUCAUUGCUAACACCUAUGUCUCAGUUGAUACAUCGCCCAUGUUGGGAGUAGUUAAAUGCAUUCAAAUCGGGCUAUUACAUGUGCAAUGGCAUCGUGACGAUAGACCAAAUAUGUCGUCUGUGCUUCUGAUGUUGGACAGUGAGAGCGCUUUGCCACCACAGCCCAAGCAGCCCGGUUUCUACAUUGAGAGGAGCUCUGAAAACACAGACGUUGAAAUGAGUCGAAGAGACUCACUAUUACAUAAAAUUCGCUAUCUGGGUUCUGUUUCUUCAAUGGAGAUUCUUCACUCUCCUCUUCACUUCUUCAUCUUCAUCACCUUGCUUUCAACAGCAGCAGAGCACAGCAGGUCUGCUGACACAAUAACUCUGUCUCGGCCGGUGAGAGAUAACGAGACUCUAGUUUCGGCAGGAGCGAAGUUCGAGCUCGGAUUCUUCAGCCCUGGAAAUUCGCCUAACCGGUAUGUCGGGAUAUGGUUCUACAACAUCCCGGUGGAGACCAUUGUCUGGGUCGCAAAUAGAGACGAUCCGAUCAACGGCUCGUCAGGAGUCCUGCAAAUUGGGAAAGGAGGGAAUCUAGUCAUCGUCGACGGAGCAGGAAGAGCAGUUUGGUCCACAAACACAACGGAUGUGACUUCCGGUAACGUGGCUGCGCGGCUCCUUGACACCGGUAAUCUGAUCCUGACAGAUGAAAACAACAAUGAUUUGGGGAAUUUCCUGUGGCAGAGUUUCGAUCAUCCUUUCGAUACGUUACUCGCGGGGAUGAAGCUAGGAUGGGACCUGAGGAUUGGUUUGAAUCGGUACCUCACUUCCUGGAGGAAUUCGGAGGAUCCUUCAACGGGAGACAUCACAUACACAGUCGAACUCCAGGGACUGCCCCAGAAGUUCCUCCGCAGGAAUGCUUCGGUAAUUGAACGAAGCGGGCCAUGGGAUGGUAUCCAGUUCAGCGGAUUGCCCCUGAACCCGAAUGCAAUCAUCAAUCCCCAGUUUGUGAUGACCGCUCAAGAAGUGUACUAUACCUAUCAACUCAACAAAGAUUCCACCAUCACAAGGGCCGUCCUCAGCCACUCUGGCACUCUUCAACGCUGUGUCUGGAACAACAACACGCAGUGGACAGUUAUACAUGAGCUGCCGAACGAUUCCUGCGACGAGUAUGCAAAAUGCGGGCCUAACGCUGUGUGCACGAUUGGUAAGGCCCAGAUAUGCAGGUGCCUGACGGGGUACACCCCGAAAUUGCCCCAGGAAUGGGCGAUGCUCGUCUGGUCCAGUGGGUGCAUUAAGAAGAAGCCCUUGAAUUGUCCUAAAGGAGAAGGGUUCGAGAAGCUUAAGGGAGUGAAGGUUCCUCAUAUGUUGAGUUACUGGGUGAACACGAGCAUGAACCACGACGAAUGUAGAGCCAAGUGCCUGAAAAAUUGUACUUGCACCGCAUAUACCAAUACGGACAUUGUCGGGAAGGGAAGCGGCUGUCUGCUUUGGUAUGGAGAUCUUCUCGACAUCAGAAAGCUCAUCCAAUCAAGCAGCAAUCAGAAUGUUUUCAUCAGGGUCAUGGCAUCAGACCUAGGCAAUCAUAAGUGGAAAUUGCGGUUGGUGGUGGCAAUAGUCGCCGCAUCACUCUCUCUGGCAAUUCUUUUGCUACUUUGUUUCUGGAGGAGGAGACCGAAAAAACGUCUAGGGAAAAUAUCAGAGGUGCAAGCUGGGAGUGAAGACAACUUAGAGCUGCCUAUGCUAGACUUGGAGGACAUUACCAAAGCCACUAAUAGCUUUUCGUAUCUGAAUAAAAUCGGAGAGGGCGGUUUUGGUCCCGUCUAUAAGGGUCUAAUGUUCGAUGGAGUUCAAAUAGCUGUGAAGAGGCUGUCGCAGAACUCAAGACAGGGUUUUGAUGAGUUCAAGAAUGAGCUCUUGUUGAUUGCGAGACUUCAACACCGAAAUCUUGUCAAGCUAUUGGGAUGCUGUAUUGACGGAGAGGAAAGGAUGUUAGUAUAUGAAUAUAUGCCGAAUGGAAGCCUCGACUCCUUGAUAUUUGGUAAUAGAGCGGGUAAUUCUCUCGUGUGGAGGCGGCGGUUCGAUAUCAUUGUGGGUGUUGCAAGGGGACUUCUAUAUUUACAUCGUGACUCCAGAUUGAGAAUAAUUCAUCGGGACCUAAAAGCUAGUAAUGUGUUGCUGGAUAGUGAGAUGAACCCAAAGAUAUCAGAUUUUGGCAUGGCUAAGGCUUUCAGAGGAGAUCAAUUCCUGGAAAAGACAAAACGCGUAGUUGGGACUUACGGAUACAUGUCUCCAGAGUAUGCAAUAGAUGGAAUUUUCUCGACUAAAUCAGAUGUUUUUAGCUUUGGAGUCCUGGUCCUGGAAAUAAUUAGCGGCAGGAGGAACAGAGAAUUUCAUCAUCAAGACCACAAUUUUAACCUUCUUGGACAUGCUUGGAAAUUAUGGCUUCAAGGGAAGGCCAUCGAACUCAUAGACAAACAAAUGGAGGAUUCAUUUCCAAUCUCGGAAGUUAUCAGGUGCAUCCAGAUAGGCCUCUUGUGCGUUCAGCAAAGUCCGGAACAAAGGCCGACUAUGUCAUCUGUGCUUCUGAUGUUGGACAGCGAGAGCGCCUCGUUGCCGCAGCCCAACCAACCGGGAUUUUACACGGAGAGGUUUCAGGAUCAAAUGGACAGCGAAACAAAUGAGUUAACUAUUACCAUAGUCCAGGGUCGGUGAAGAUCCACCAGACUUUUAUGCACAGAAAGUUAACAACACGCAGUCAAGGUAUUAGCUAUUAAAUUGUAGAUGGAAACUCUAGUUCACGGUAUUGUCUGCAUAAAAGUAUGAAAACAAUAUCUGCCUUCUUUGACCAUGUACUUUGCUCUUGAGAGUGCACCUGGUGCAUGUUUCUCUUUCCCUAUAUGUAUGUAACUCCACUCAUAUUGACAAAUAAAAAAAGUCUCUUUCGGUGGAAAAGCAAAGAUUGGACCUUUUUGAAUUGAUGAAUUGGAUAUAUGGAAACAGUUAUCUGCUUGGUUGUUACGAA